UUUAGACUGUCGUACCACGUGGGUUAGAUUUACUCAGUUUUGCCGGUGUUGGAAUUCAGUAUAAAACAGACUGGAAAAGGGUUUGAAGGGGAGACGAGAAGUAACUCUAUGUGGUGAUUGUGUAUGUUUUUGUAUUUGAGAAAGUUUAAAUAUAGGACCAAAACGGAAACUUAAAAAAAAAUCAAUCCAGGUCGAGUUUAGGAGAAAGAGGGCCUUCCGAACCAGAAGACUUUCACAAGAGGAAAUUCGUUUUGAAGAAGUUGACUUAUUUUGAAGAAGUUGAAGUUGUGUUUUUUUUUACACCAUGUUUUAUUCGUUGUUGGUUUAUUACAGUAAAUGAGAUGCAGGUAGCAAACAUUUGGCAAAACGUGUGAGCUAACGCAGUGUAUUCAACGUUUUUUUUUUUUUAAUUUAUUUAACAAACCUCAAGUUCUGUAUACUUCAGUAUUGAUGAGUCUGAAGAGCCAAGCAAUAGCUUACGCACAGAGGGAUUUCCGCUGAAAUGAGAAAAUAAAAGCGCACGCACAAAUAGUCGUGAGCGUUAAGAGAGUCUGAAAACUAAAGUUUUUAUUUUGGCUCGUAUAAGCGUUGAACAUAAAAAGAAAAACUACACUUAAGAACGCUCUACGUGGUACCAUAUCAUAACACAAACUGUGUCCCGUGACCAUUGUACUUAACAAGCAAAGUGACAUUCCAAGGGUCGCAAGUAGCUUUGCUAGUACAGUGUAAACGCUUUGUGAAACCUAGCCUACGCAAUGCCCGAGAAGAUCACAUAUUCAAAAGGUCAGCUGAUAGAAAAUCAGGAUUGUGAGAGUCUGGAAGAUGUGAAAAUAUCGAAACCCGUAAACGCUGAAAUCGCCCCAGAGACGCAGGAAUUAGCAAAUGGGAAUGCAGAACAGGCGCCGACCACUCGGCUUUACAAGAGACGCUGGGUCAUACUCUUUCUCUUCAGCGCCUUUUCAAUGUGCAACUCAUUUCAAUGGAUUCAGUACGGGAUCAUUAAUAACAUAUUUAUGAAGUUUUACAACGUAACCUCGUUUUCCAUAGACUCGAUGUCCGUGAUCUAUAUUUGCACCUAUAUCCUCUUGAUGUUCCCAGUGAAUUGGCUGUUAUAUAAAAAGGGUCUGCGAGUCAUAGCGGUGCUAGGGUCCGGUUUGAACUGUGUAGGGGCAUGGAUCAAGACAGGCAGCGUCAGACCGGAUCUCUUCGGCGUGAUGUUUUUCGGGCAGUUUGUGUGUUCGGCGACCGAGGUGUUCAUCAUUGGAAUGCCGUCUCGGAUCGCAUCUGUGUGGUUUGGUUCUGAAGAGGUGUCCACCGCUUGUUCCAUCGCUGUCUUUGGGAACCAGCUGGGGAUUGCUGUUGGGUUCCUCAUUCCUCCUCUGCUUGUUCCCAACUUGGAUGACUUUGAUGAGCUUGCACACCAUAUCAGCAUCAUGUUCUAUGGGACUGCCACCAUGGCAACUCUGCUGUUCAUCCUUGUCAUUUUCGUGUUCCAGGAACAGCCCAGGCUCCCCCCCAGCAAGGCAAAGGCAGCUAUCCAGGCCAUCUCCAGUGAGCAGUACUCCUACCUGCAGUCCAUCCUGAAGCUCAUCAGGAAUCGCCCCUUCAUCCUGCUCAUCGUCACAUACGGUAUUAAUACUGGUUGCUUUUAUGCUGUAUUAACACUACUGAACAAGAUGAUUAUAGAGCACUACCCAGGUGAAGAGAUCAAUGCAUGGAGGAUUGGUCUCACGAUUGUCAUUUCCGGAAUGGUUGGGGUACUGAUCUGUGGCAUAUGGCUUGAUAAAACCAAAAGUUACAAAAAGACGACCCUGAUCGUGUAUGUUAUGUCCCUUGUUGGAAUGGUAGUUUAUGCAUUCACACUGAAUCUGGGGAAUCUAUUGGUAGUGUUCAUCACUGCUGGGUCACUGGGGUUCUUUAUGAUUGGGUACCUGCCCCUAGGCUUUGAGUUUGCUGUUGAACUGACCUACCCUGAAUCAGAAGGUACCUCCUCAGGGCUCCUCAGUAUGGCUGCCAAGGUGUUUGGGAUCAUUUUUAUCAUGUGUCAGGGGAGAAUCAUCGACAAUUUUGGGACUUUACCUGGAAACAUUUUCCUCAGUGUUUUUCUUUUACUGGGCACUAUUAUGACAGGUUUUAUAAAAGCAGAUCUUCGCAGACAAAAGGCCAACCAGUCAGCUGAACCCACUCUGAGAACCUUGGAGUCACCCUGGACCCCUGCCUCUCUUAUUCCCAUCACAUCUCCACUCUGGCACGCACUUGCCGAUUCUUCCUGAGCAACAUCCGAAGAAUCCGACCCUUCCUCACCAACUAUGCUACCCAGCUCCUGGUCCAGGCCCUGGUACUCUCCCGCCUAGACUACUGCAACUCCCUCCUGGCUGGCCUCCCUGCGUCCGCCACCCGUCCGCUCCAGCUCAUCCAGAACUCUGCUGCCCGUCUGGUGUUCUCUCUGCCUCGCUUCGCCCACGCUACUCCACUACUCCGCUCGCUCCACUGGCUCCCGAUCACCGCUCGCAUCCAGUUCAAGACUCUUGUACUAGCCUACAGAUGCCUUGACCAGACUGCACCCAGCUACCUCCAGACCCUCAUCUCUCCCUACACCCCCACUCGACCUCUCCGCUCCGCCUGCACUAGAAGACUGGCUCUACCUCCGCUACGCUCCCCUGUCUCCAGAGCCUGCUCCUUCUCCACCCUUGCUCCGCAGUGGUGGAAUGACCUUCCUACAGAUGUCAGGACUGCCCAGUCCCUGACCACAUUCCGGCGCCUCCUUAAGACUCACCUCUUCAAACAGCACCUGUAGAACUCCUCUGUUUGUAUCCUGGGACACUAUCACCCUUCAUGUAAAUGUGCUUUAUUCUGCUCUUAUCUGCCCCCUAUUUUACUGCAUUUAAUCCUGUACUUCAGAAUACUGUAAUCUGCCAAGUGUUUAACCUGUAGUACUUUGUAUUUAAUCACAUCCUGAUGUAACUAUCACUAUUAUCUGCUGUAUUAUUGAAUUGUGGUUUGUCACACUGAACAAAAGUUAUUGUAUUUCUUGCUCUUAUUGUAUUACUUGUAUUGUAACACUUGAAAUGUAUUUGCUUACGAUUGUAAGUCGCCCUGGAUAAGGGCGUCUGCUAAGAAAUAAAUAAUAAAUAAUAAUAAUAAUCAAUGCUAAAGAACAACCCACUAAGUACCACCAAUAACUUGUAAUAAACCUCAUAGAUAUUU